GGGGCGUGGCCAGGUAGGGAGGGGCGUGGCUUGGCUUCUCACCUGCCUCCAUUCAUCCUUUGGGUCCCUGGGAGGAGGACGCAGCUUGCAAGCAAGCAGGAGCCAUGAGCUGCAGAGACCUCUUCCAGGUCUUUGGUACCCGGGCCAUCACCCCUCGGACCACUCCCGCCACCCGGCUUUCCCUGAGCCACCCGCCUCCCAUUCGCAAGCUCCUCGACUCCUACGAAGAGCUCCGGGAAGGCCUGGGACACCCGUCCUUGCGCCCGUGCCUGAACACCACCACCUUUUCCGCCGCGGAGUCCGAGAGGCCGCAGCAGGAGGUGGCCAAGGGCUGUCGCGGGAAGAAGAAGAAGAGGGUGGUCUUUGCGGACAUGAAGGGCUUCUCACUGACCGCCGUCCGGAUCUUCUCCAAGAUCGAGGAGGACCUCUGUGACCUCCAGCAAGCCCUCUCACACUUGACCGGCUUCCGGGAGAAGCUGCGAGGGCCGCGUCCCGAGGCGAGGAAGUACCUCCCGGACUUCCCGCAGCCUUCCGCCGAUUACGUGGCUUUCCGCAGCCGCCUGCAGAGCGGCUUCGUCUGCUUGGAGAACUGCCUCGUCCAGGAGAAGUCCAUCUCCGGGACCGUCAAGGUCAAGAACCUCAGCUACGAGAAGAAAGUCUUCGUCCGCAUCACCUUCGAUUCCUGGCGCAGCGCCCGCGACGUCGCUUGCCGGUACAUGCCCAACACCUAUGGCUACUCCGACACAGAUACGUUCUCCUUCGAGGUGCCCUUUCCCAAAGGAUGCGCUCCCUGCCACAACAUUGAGUUCUGCGUUUGCUUCCACAGCGGAGAGAAAGUGUAUUGGGAUAACAACCAUGGGAAGAACUACCGGAUACGGCAAGCGUUGGGCCCUCCGUUGCCCGGCGCCCUUUCACGCCUGGCCAAGAGCGGCCAGCCCCUGACCAGCUCCUCUCGGGCCGCCGCUCUGGUUCUCUCUCGCUUGCAGACCUGGCGGCGGUCAGACGACCCCGCGUACUGGUAGGGGAGGCUUUGGAGCAAGCCCCUUCUCUGGGGGUCCUGCUCUCCACUCCAAGGCAUUGCCCUUUGGGACACCCUGGCCAGGACUCUCUUUGUGUCCACGGCACCGCAGACCGUGCAUGGCGAUAGGGCCAGAACCUCUCGACCUUCUCAGAAUCAAUAGUUUGGCUGCCAUGUGUCUUGGACUUCUUAGAAGCAUCAAGGAGACCUUGGGUAUCUCUACACUAUAAUUCUGCCCCAUUUUAACACUAGGAUAUUAUGCACCUUGGAGUUGGUGAGACCCCAACGUUCUGGUUGAGAAGGCCAAAGACCUCAUAAAACUACAGCUUCCAGAAGUCCAUUGGACCGUUGCUGUUCAAGCAGUGUUAAACAGGAUUCAUUCCACAGUGUAGAUCAGGCCUGGGAAGACUUUCUAACUUGGGGGGCCCAU